AUGCCGCCGCACUGGCAGGACAAGCUCGCGUGCUGCGGAAUUUCGUAUGAGACGGUGAACGAACUGGCGAUGUAUUUCGAGCGCCUCGAAAGGCGCGAGAGGCAGACUGGCCGGGAUCGCCUAAAUGGUCCAGCUAUCCAGGGUGGUGAAAAGGGUCAAGGUCGGCGCGACCAACAACGCCCUACCGCUAACCAGCGCAGAGAUCGGCGCAACCCUCGCGAGCAUCGCGACACGCGUCAAGAUCAUCGAGACCGACCUGGUGUACAAGGCGGCAAGAAGAAGCAUGACCGUCACCAAGAACACGGCAAGUGGUGUUCAUUCCACAAAUCAAGCUCGCACGAUUCCAGCGAAUGCUUUGCCCUCAAGAAGCAACGCGAAGAGCACAAGCCUGCCGAGACGAAACGAACUGCUCACAAAAAGAGUAAUUACCCAAGAUUCGAAGAGGAAGAGGCAAGCGACAGUGACAGCGACAGCGAGCUUAAGCUUACGCGAGUGGCACCUUCAAUGCCCUGCUAG